AGAAGCGUGUUCGUGCACCUUGCCAAUUGAUGGCUACAUCUACUAGUCAUACUCGUGUUGGUUUUGGGGAGCUUGAAGGAUAAACUGUACAACCACGAUACAACAUUACUUAUAAUAAGAUCCCUUACCGAGAGCUUCAGCUGCCUGAUGUAAGGAUGCGCGUGGAUGAUACUGAUACACGUGAGCACCGAUUCCCUCCAUGUACAACGAGGGACAACGAUACCACGUCCUACAUAUUCACGCUUGACCGAGAUCCAUAAAUCCAGCCAAUAUUAUUCUAUGGACGUAUUGAUCUAUUCUAAAGGUACACCCAUCCAUGAUGGUUCUUGUCUGUGUCGUAGGGGCGGGAAUAGUCGGACUGUCCACUGCCCUCAACAUACAGAGAUUGAUCCCGUCUGCCCAGAUCACCAUCAUAGCCGACAAGUUUGGCAAUGACACAACCAGUGCUGGCGCCGGUGGCCUCUUCCGGCCUAACCUUGGUCAUAUCAAAGGCGUCCCCAUCGAUACACUGAAACGAUGGUCAAAGAUCUCUUGGAAACACUUCUCUACUCUUGCUUUGUCUUCGGAGGCAUCGACGUCAGGAAACAAUGUCACCAAUGGGUUUGUGCUGCAGGAUACGGAAGAGCCUCAGUUUUUAAACGAGAUAAUCUUCUCGUACCAUAAGUUGUCCCGGGAUGAACUUCAGCGUUUGAACUCGAAUCAGAAGCACGGGUAUAACAUCACAACUGUCAUAACGGAGGCCAAGAAGUAUCUUCCGUGGCUCAUGAGGAAAUAUAAAGACAACGGUGGGCAGGUGGUAUUUAGAACGUUAACGUCUUUGGAAGAGUUGUGUGGCGAGUACAAAGUUGUGGCCAACUGCUGCGGUCUGAAUGCCAAGUACUUGCUAGGUGACGAGUCGACUUAUCCAAUCAGAGGACAACUUAUACGUAUGCGAGCUCCCUGGAUACGUGGAUUUUAUUACAUAGAACAUGAUGGAUACAGCACAUAUGCAAUACCACACAGUGACUACAUGAUACUUGGCGGGUGUCGGGAGGUGGGGAACUACAGCGAGGACAUCGACCCUGCCCUGACGGAAGACAUCCUGAGAAGGGGCAAGGAGAAGAUCCCUGGCCUGGAGGGAGCCCGAGUAGUGGACCAAUGGGCCGGACUCCGCCCGACACGGAUUCCUAUCAGGGUGGCGAAGGAGCACAUGACGUUUGGCGGCACAGAGUUGAAGGUGGUCCACAACUACGGCCACGGUGCCAACGGCAUCAGCUUGAGCUGGUCAACUGCCGUGGACGCUGCGCAGAUGGUGAAAGAGAUGGUCGACAACGCCUCCCCAUCCUCCAAACUUUAACCAGCACUGCUGUAACAAGCUCCAGAUAUGCUGUGUAACGAAGGGAUAUCCAUUUCACAACAUUAUUCUCUCCUGUGUAAUCGUUAGUAUUCUACAGAAUAUUGCUCACCAAUUGUUUUGUUUGUAAACUAAGCGGCAAAAGAAAGUAUAGGUUGGCAGUUUGUAAUUUUCCUAAAAACAGCGAUAACUAGUUGAAAGUGGGUAUUGGGAAUAUGACUGCCCAGGAACAGGUACCA